AUGUCUCACAUAACAUACGAUGAAAAAUUCAAAGAAACUCAAGAACUACUUACUUCAACCCUCCAACUUGAACCUGUACAAGCCGAUAGAAGAGAACAGAGAAGCUUGCUUGCAAAUUUAUACGUAAGAUACAUAAUGAUAGCAAAUAAACUAAACGUUUGCGUAGAUCAAAUGGUGCAGCCCCAAAAAUGCAUGCUUAUCCGAAAGCUACUAGAAGCAACAAUAGGUAGAAUAUUGGAGUUAAAAGAAGAUUUAGUGGAAGCAGAUAUAAACGAGUACACUCACGUGGGGGAUGUUAUAGACUCGCUUAAUAUCACUCCUUUGGAUACAGAGUUAAAAGUACCUACUUGUUUUAGAAAAGAAAACGCUGACGAUUUGACUUAUAAAAAGAAUUUAAUUGAAAGUAUUUUGUCUAGAUUUGGCUAUCUGGAUAAAGUGGAAGAAAAGGUGCCUAUGACGGAGCAGCAGGCUAUCUUGAUUAUACAGACGCACGAAAGGGCAAGACAAGGGCGACUAAGAGCGCAGUUUAUGAAGGAAAUACGAUCCAUUAAAGAAAAAGGAAAGCCAGCUCAGGAAGAAGCGGAUAGCGAAGAAAAACAGGCUGGAAUUGGAUUAAACGCAGCUUUAAAAAUACAGAAAAUUUGGAGAGGGUAUGUGACUCGAAGAGCCACGCGUAGGAGGAGGUUGCAAGAGAUGUUGCUGAUUGGGAUGAUUCCACCACCGAAAACAAAGAGUGCGGGGAUAGAAAAGGAUUUAAAAAAUCAGGGUGUAAGAACAUUGCUCAAAGAACAAAGGAAAAUUGAAUAUAAGGAAGAUGUGAAAAAGAUUAGGGAAGAUUUAGAGAAAAACCAACGAGGUGCUGUUUUAGAACAACUUAGCGAUCAGGUUAGAGGUUGGUUACAUGAAUAUAAGUCUCAAACUGGUAAAAUUCCUGAGUACACUGGGUCUGAAAGGACGGGUUCCAGAAACCUUAUGAGUAGACAAGGUACUGAUAGUGAACUAAGCAAAUCAACACAACUAUCCAAGGAUUCAAAAUCUAAAAAGGAUAAAGGAGGCAAAUCAAAGGAUAAAGCCGACGAGGAAGAGGAGCUCUGCAGUAGGGCUAUAGUCUCAACUUUUGUUCCGGAGUUAAAUUUAAGAAAGGAAGAAUACGAUGAUACAUGGAAAAUUAAGGACGAAAAAGAAAAUUUGAGGCAAUUUUCUUACAAGGAUAUUAUCGAACACGAACAAAUGACCGAGAUGGAAAACGAAUUGAGGAAAGUUAUAUCCACAAUUUAUAAUAAAGAUAAAGAUCCACCCAUUGAUUUAGGAGAUUUAAGGCAAAUCGUCAAUGAAUAUUGCAUAUUACCACUAUUAACACCACAAUUGCAUCAAUCUACGCCCCAUAUUAAAUCUGUACUUUUGGCUGGUCCAAAAGGAAGCGGUAAAGAUAUGUUGGUCCACGCAAUAUGCAAUGAGGCUGGAGCAAUGCUUUUUGACUUAACACCUUCAAAUAUUGUUGGAAAAUAUCCAGGAAAAUCUGGACUAAUAAUGCUCAUCCAUUUGGUUGUCAAAGUUUCCAGAUUAUUGCAGCCCUCAGUGAUAUACAUGGACAAUGCUGAAAGACCCUUCGUCAAGAAAAUACCAAAAACAGACAAAUCUGACCCGAAAAGAUUAAAGAAAGAUUUGCCAAAGAUCGUAAAAAAUUUUUGCCAGGAAGAUAGAGUAAUAUUAAUAGGGACGACAAAUUGUCCUUGGGAAAGCGACCAAAAAUUAUUACAGCAAGUAUAUCAAAAAAUCAUAAGAAUACCACGACCAAACUAUUCGUCCAGAUAUUUUGUGUGGAAAACAUUAUUGGACCAAUAUCAAGCGGUUGGUUGGCAAUUCGAUACAGGAGUUAUGGCAAAAAUAUCGGAUGGAUACACAGUUGGUUCUAUUAUGACCACAGUAAAGGAAGUAAUGACAGUCAAGAGAACUCUGCAAUUAAGGAUUCAUCCUUUAAGUCCUUUGGAGUUGGUGAACUCGCUUUGCCAGAGAACUCCGGUAUACAAAGAGGAAGAAGAAGCAUCUGAACUUUGGUGGAACAAAGUUCCGAUAGUGAAAAGAAGAAAUCGCACUGUUGAAAUGUUAUUAGUAGAAGAAGCUGAAUUGUUGGCCAAACAAGCCAAUGCCAAAAAGAAAUAA